GAGAUAGAGUGCGACGGCACUUUAGCUGGGAAUUCUUGUCGCUAUCCAUUUUCCAGUCGGAUGGGAAUAUGCAUAAUGAUGCAGUAACAGUAAAUCUACAACAGCAAAUUCACUACCCAAUUCGUCAAUACUGGGUUUUGAGGUUGUGUUAUGCCAUUUCUUCGUGAAAAGUUUGGAGCCCUAGAUUAUUAUUCUUGAAAGUUUGGUCCCAUUCAAGAACAUGGGUCGUUCACGCGCUGCCCAUCAAUCUGCCGAUGAGGAUCCCGCCCAAAGUCGUUCAAAGAGAAAACGGACAGCUCAAAACAUGGAGAAUACUGAAACUGUGACUACUGUUCCCGGAAUGAAGGAUGGUAAAAAGGCAUUGUACCACUGUAACUAUUGCAAUAAAGACAUCUCAGGGAAGAUUCGCAUCAAAUGUGUGAUGUGUCCUGAUUUUGACCUGUGUGUGGAAUGCUUUUCUGUCGGAGCGGAGGUGCAUCCUCACAAAAGCAAUCAUCCUUACAGAGUCAUGGUUAGUCACCGUACUGAACGUAUCACUUCCCUUUUUCUGAUGUGUUGCGCUGCUCAAGUUCGUAAUCUGUAUUUCUUUGGCCUGAGAAGCUCACUGUUAUUUGCCAUUUUGUGGCGGUUACAGAAAAUUGUAACUGUUGAAAUCUGGGAUGCAAUUCACGUCCACUAUUUAAUUCUUUAUAGCUGGUUUUUCCAGUUUUUGUAUUUUGAAAAUCAGAUUCUUACCUGAUGAUGCAAUUUGCUUAAAAGAGUAGCUAAAGGAGCACAAAGUUUCAUGGCACUAACAACACCAAACUUGACUUAACAUUUGCUUCAGUUGAUCAGAGAAUUUGAAGGAAGAAAAUAUUAAUUUUUAUUCAAUUUCAAUGUCUAAUUAUUACAAUGCAUGAGGCCCCCUUAUAUCGAGUUUAAGCUAGUCUAAUUUAAGUAGGAAAAUAAUAGGAAAUCUAUUAACUAAAACUCUAAUUAUGUUUC